CAAGAUAAACCGCAGUAAUGGAAUUCCUGUUACACAGCGAAGUUAUACUUAACAAUGGUCUUGAAGCUGUGGAAAACUAUUUAAAAGCGGGAGAAGAUCCUAAUAAGAGGGAUGACUAUGGGAGUGCACCUCUGCAUUGUAUUAAUUUUUACGACGACGAGGCCUACAAAAUGGUACAGCUUCUCCUAAACUAUGGCGCAGAUAUGUUCAGUAGAGACGGUCUUGGAAGACUACCAUUCCAACAUGCCUUAGAGCAUGCUAAUAAAGAAGCAUGUCAAACUUUCGUAGACAGAGGAUUUUCCUUGCAAAAGCUCGAUCGUACGCGAAAUGGAACUUACGAACUGCUUCAUAAUUUGGAGCUGUUUCGAUCAGAUGCUGUUGAUGUUCUUCAAGUCCUUGUAGAUCUUGGAGUAGAUUUAUCUGCUACCCUAUCCCCAGCAGGUGAAACCCUUUUGCAUAAGGCGGUGGAGUCAGGGGCUUCUUUGGAGACUGUACAGUUUCUGAUCUUAACAGGAAUAUCGGUAAAUAGCACUAACUCCUUACUGAUGACACCUUUGCAUACGUUGAGGUAUCUAGACUGCAGCAACCCGAUAGAUAGAUAUGACGAAGAGAAAUCGCGACAUUCAAAAUUAGUAAAACUCUUUGUGAUGGAGGGCUAUAAAAUCAACAGUCAAGACAUCUUUGGUCGAGCGCUCGUACAUUAUGUAACUUCUGAAAUGCGACAGAGUUCUCUCUUGCAGUUUCUUGUCGGGCAUGGAGCAGACGUUAACAUUAAAGAAAGAAAUGGUGUUACCCCCUUACACUUGGCCUGCUCUUGGAACAAUACAGCAAAUUUAAGGGAGCUAAUUAAAUAUAACUGUGGGGUUAAUAUUGAAGACAAAAAUGGAGCAACAGUUCUUCACUAUGCAGUUUUCUACAACAAUGCCACAGCAUUGAAAUAUUUAUUGACUCAAUGUGAACCUUGUUUGGUUUCAAAGCCAGAUAGUUCUGGGAAAACCCCAAUCCAGUGGGCAAGGUACUUUGGAUAUGUACAACUAAUCAAUAUUUUGGAAGAUUAUUUUUUGUGUUUGGACAAUGGUUUUCAACGAGGAGAACUGCCCAAUUUGUUUCCACUCAAAGCUGAAUUUGUUGACAUCAAGAAGCAAGAGGAUGUUGAAAAGAUGCAAUCAAAGGACUUCUCUCUCAAUGAGCAGCCAAUCAGAACUCUGAAAAAACUGUUAACUUCACCAGUCAUUGGCAAACUACAAGAAAUUCCAGAGAUCCAGGAAGUUAAAUCUGCAGUGAACAAAGUUAUUGAACGGGUAGCAACAAUUGUUUCAAAAGCCUAUCCUCUGUUCAGUUUUGUGCCUGAAAUCUCUGGUAGUGUCAGUGAAAAAACCAAGUGUGGAUUUCCUGAUGAAUUUGACUUCCUGUGUACAAUGGUCAAACUCGGGGAGUUUUUCCAAGAGCCAAAUGUGGAAUCCAGCCCCCCAAUGUUUUGUCAACUGCAGCUGAAACCUGAUUUGUGCUUGACAUCUUCUCAGGUGUUAAUGGAAUACAUAGACCAAGAUAACAGUUUAAGGAGUGCAAAAUUGAUCAAUGAUUUCACUAAUGAGCUGAACCAAGCCUUUUUUGAGGUGGAAAUUUGGAAUGAUAUCCCUUCUUUAGCACCAGUUAGUGUCUGUUUAAUGGGUGCCAAUGCAACAAAGAUUGCACUGAAGUGGUCUGGUCAAGUUUACAGAGAUCUGCUAAUCAGUGUUGAUCUCGUCCCUGCAUUACACUUCCCCAAGUUUUGGCCUCCAAAUGUCUGUGAAACCCCUUUGCUGCAUCCCAAAAUCAAAGAAAAAGGUGUUCAUGUUGUCAUGGCCCUGCACAGUGGAAGUUUUUUCAAAAGUGGAGAAAAACACUUUCGUCUUUCUUUUUCUCUGGCUGAAACUGCAAUUUUCCAGGCUCUUCCAGAGCAUGUUCAUUCCGGUUACAUUCUUGCAAAGGCUGUGAGAAGUACCUAUGUGUGUUCACAAAUUGCACCAGGAAUUCAAACAAUGCAAGUGCUACCAAGCAGUUCUGAUGAAAAAAGAGACAGCAAAGAGGAUACUGACCAAUCACCUCACGAAGAAACUGAGGUACUGGUAUAUCUGCCAGAAGAUAACAGCAUCUCAGCAGAUAAAGUUAUCUCUAGUUACUUCUUGAAAAAUGCCCUUUUUCUUUUAGUAAAUAAAUCUUUCUGGAAAGAAAUUGACUUUGAUGUACAGAACAAAUCAGAGGACCAGGUGAUCACCUGGGCAAAGUACAUUUAUGACUUCCUUGACAAUUGUCUCAAGCAAGGAAAUCUGCCAUGUUUCUUUUUGCCAGACCUUAACUUGCUUGAAAAGAACUACGACUCAGAACAGCAUGAGAGAGUAUUUUAUGGUGGACUGGAAUUCCAUCCAAUGGAUGAAGAUCUAAUGCAAGAUCUAGAUGAUGCACUGGAAGGAACAAGGGUGGAUGUGGAACAUUUAAGGAAACCCUUUAUUAAAAUGUUAAAGGGGAUUCUACAGUCCAAUUGGUAGAAAUACACCUACCAAUUCUUGUGCAUUUAGAUCAAUUUAACUCUCCCCUACCUACCGAUUCCCGUAUGAUUAGGAAAAAAAACAAAAAAAGUCAGCUAUUAUAGAAAACUCUUCAGGACUCAGUCCUAAAACAGGCAGCACAUGGAAACUUUCGCAAAAAAAUUCACAGAUUUUUGGAUGACUCUAGAUAUGACCUCAUUCUGUAUGAACCUGCUGGUACUAGCUGUCAAAUAUCUAACCUGUGACCAAAACAUGUUGGCAAGUAUUGAACUACAUUGUUUAUAAGCAACAAUUACUAAGUAAGCAAUUUUCUGAAUCUAGACUGAUAAUUCUAAAUUAACUUACUUUGGAAAUACACAUAAUACCCAUUGUCUAGGUGAAAUAAGUGCUUGUAAUACUGUAAUUUUGACUGGAAGUCACUGAAGUUACAAAUGAUUUCUGUGUGAAAUGUUUCGCAUCUUGUUCUUGAAACUGUUGGCUAAUUUUCUAAAAUGUGAGUGGCUGUAACAUGUGAUUAGAGUUUGUUACUGGUAACAAGUAAAGUUUGUUACACUUCUU